AUGCGGCUACAGCCAGUCGAUUUUGUUCACUUUGGGAUUGGUCCCGACCCAGCUGUUAGUCCUGCUAAUGUCCCUGUUCUUAACCCUACUGUCGUCAAAGCGGAGAUUCUUCGAGCUAGUCCCAAGGAAGAAACUGCCUCUGAAAUGAGAUUUAUGGCUGACGAGCUAGAGCUGGCAUUGGGGAAGGCCAGGCUGAAGAAACAACUUUCUGAGAUUGAGAAGGAGCGAUACGAGCUGAAACUGAGAAUAUUCGGUUGUGAAUAG